GGACAGAACUGUUGUACAGGCAGAAAGCUAAGAAAAAUGAAGCUGAAUGAUUGGGAUUCUCUUUCCCAUAAAAAGCAAAACCAGGCAGGAAUUCAAUACAAUAGCUACUACCGGUAGUAUUCAAUAGCAUUAUCAUCAUGGUGGUAAAGGUAGCCGUAACGAAAGAAUCUCGAGAUGACCAUGUGGGAGUUGUCUUGGAAGAGAAGCAAGGAUCUUCGGGAGAUACUCGCAUUGUGGUGAGCAGUAUAGGGUAUCAUUCUCUAUUUGCGAAUACCCGUCUGAGAGCGGGAAUGGAGAUUCUGAGCAUCAACGAUAAGAGCGUCCAAAGUGCCAGCAACGCCACGAAACUGUUGCAAGACGCACACGACUUUGUUGAAUUGGUUGCCAUUGAUCCUUCUGCUUCCAUGGCGGUUGGAAGUGACCCAGCGCCAAUUCAGCGAAGAAGGUCUACUGAUCCUGAUAGUGGAGGCGUCAGCUACGGCAACCAAGACGCUACCCUCAUUGAUUCUGCAGCCCCUCCUCCCAUCCGUCCGUCUAGUAGCCACGGCAGAGGUUCCUACAAACCUGAUCCCGAUGGCGAAACAGGACAAUCUAUUCGAGAAUCACAAAAGAGAAGGGCCUCGCACAAAAGCAGCAGCAGCCAUAAUAAAGCCCCGUCGUCCCCACGAAAACAAAGCAACAAAUCCAGCAGGGAUCCCACCAUGAUUUCUUCUCCGCCUCCAUCUUCCCCCCGAAAAUCAACUAAUAGUCGCCGAUCCAGUAGAGAUCCCACCAUGAUUCAAGCUCCCGUCCCUGCUCCUCCUCCUCCGCCACCUCCUCAAGACGACGAAGAAUCCUUUGAAGAAGAAACCUUCCUCACUACGGCAACUCCAGUCGACUACAAUGAUCAGGCAUAUGUGUCCGUGCCGGUCGUGGCGGCGUCGGCGGUCGGCAACCCCACGAGGAGUCAAAACCAACCGGACGGAUCCGUCAAAGUCGCCGCCACCAAACCAUCGCAAGACGCACCGGUAGGAAUCCAUUUGCGACAAUCCGGAAACGAAAUUGUCAUUGAUUCGAUUUCGGGUCAUAGUAUUUUCCAAGGCAGCGCCCUUCGUAGUGGUAUGGUCCUUUUGUCCAUUAAUGGCUGUGAAUGUGCGGGCAUGACUCCUGAUUUUGCCAAUAUUUUACUGCAGACGUCUUCGGCCGACGUUAACAUUGUCGCCAAAGACAACAGCAGCCACCGGGCAUCAUCGUCCAACAACAACAGCAGCAAUGGCAAGAUUAUUUCCGUCACGGCGACCAAAGCAUCGCGUGAUUCGAGAGUGGGAAUUGCCAUGCGACGCAAAGAUGGCGUUGGCUUUUGUGUCGACAGUAUUGCUCCGACCAGCAUUUUUGCAAACACAGAGCUCCAGCAGGGCAUGAAAGUACUUACCAUCAAUGGUGUCUCCAUUCAACAAUCCAUGUCCUCGCAGCAAGUCUUGUCGCUCCUCGUCAAUGCGGAAUCCAAAGUCACCAUUGUGGCAGAGAAAGCCGAUAAUAAUGGGGCAGCAGCCAUGAGGAACAGCAGCACCAGCAAUAAUCAUCAUGGCAGCAACCAUAAUUCCGUCAACAAUCAUCACGGAAAUAACGUCUCCGUCACAGUGACCAAACCAACACCCAGUUCCCGCGUGGGCAUUUCCAUCAAGAGGUACGAUGGAAUUGGAUUCGUCGUGGAAUCCAUUGCCCCAGGAAGCCUUUUCGAACCGACCGAAUUGAAAAAGGGCAUGAAGGUUCUUUCCAUCAACGGUGUGCCGAUUCAACUGUCCAUGCAAUCCGAAGAAGUUCUCGUGUUGCUGACGAGUGCCCCAACCAAUGUGACCAUUGUGGCAGAACGAACAAACCACCGCAGCAGCCACAACAGCAGCCACAUGAACACGUCGUCCUCCUCGUCUCCGUCUUCACCACACGUUACUGUGUCAGCCAUGAAGCCAACGCCGAAUUCGAGAGUGGGAGUCGCGAUGAAGCGACAUGAAGCGAUUGGGUUUUUGGUGGAAUCCAUUUCUCCGGGCAGUCUGUUUGCCCCCACGGAAUUAAAGGCAGGCAUGAAAAUCAUCAGCAUCAAUGGCACCACCGUUGAAACACAGAUGCAAUCCCAACAAGUCCUGUCACUGCUCACGACAGCUCCCUCCCUUGUGACAAUCGUGGCAGAAAGGGUCAACAGCAGUAAUAAGCCACCACCCGCUAUGAUGGUUUCCGUGACGGCCCCGUCGGAUCUCAUGGAGGGGUACCAGUUCGAUGCCCAAAUGAAUGGAAGAAACUUCAAAGUUACUGUGCCACCGGGUGGCGUGAGGGCUGGGCAACAGUUCCAGGUACCGGCACCGACGGAAGCAGAUUUCCAACGAUUCUCGAAAGGAGCAGUCAACAAACCUUCCGCCAAUGGCACGGGGGCACCAGUAGGCCAGUUCCGAAAUGACAUGUGCAGCUGUUUUGAAACUUGUCCGUGCCCCACUUUGAUGGGGCUGUGUUGCAUGGGCAUCUUGGCGGGUCAAGUGUUGCAGCGUCUCAAACUUGGUCCUUGUGGCACUCCCGGAGACUACGAGAACACCUGCGUGAUCAUGACUGCUAUUUUCGUCGUCUUUGCCGUGUUGACGGGCAUCUUGUUUGCGUCCACCAGCAUUGGUUAUUACAUCUACAUGGUGUUCAAUGUCUACAUGAUUGUGGCGUUGACGUGCGCUCGAAAGCACAUGAGAGAACGCUACAAUAUCCCUGGCGCCAUGUGCGGUGACUCGUGUUUGGACGAUUGCUGCUGUGCUUACUGGUGCGGCUGUUGCACCGUCAUCCAAAUGCACCGACACACGCAUGAUGAAAAGCAGUACCCUUACGAGAUUUCCAGCAAGACAGGACUUGCAGCCAACGCGCCCGAAAUCGUUUAGCUAAGACAAAAAGUAGGUUUCGUUUUGUAUGGUCCGCAUUCUGUGUGGGGGCUUCGUUGCGGGAAGCAGAACACAGUGACAAAGAAAUAGACAAUGACAUUAUGACACUAUAUGUUACCGUGCUCAAGAGCUGCGAAG